CAAGCUGUGAAGGCGUCUCAAGCAAGAUUGCGCUCUGGAUACAGUGAAGGCUUUCGAGUGCAGACAGCUGCUUCCAACCUUGGGCCAACUGUCACACCCCCUCCAGCAGCUCACACGGCGCCGCAUCAUGUCGACCCCAACAUGCACCGCUUUAGCGGCAUCGGAGAAGUUUGUUCACAUCUCGCACGCCGAAGCGCUUCGCUUCGUGACAGAGAUCCUGCGCGGCAACGGCGUAUCCGCAGACGACGCGGCCGUCGUGGCCGAAUCUCUAGUUGAUGCGGACCUGCGCGGCGUUGACACGCACGGCGCCAACCGCAUACCGUCGUACAUGGAGCGAGUGCGGAAGGGCGUGCUCGAUCCAAAAGCGCAGAUGCAGCUGACUCAGAUCACGCCAGUUGUAGGACAACUGGAUGCGAAAAACGGUUUUGGAAGCGUGGCAGCAAUGAAAGCGAUGGACUUCUGCAUUUCCGCCGCCCAGACGUUCGGCAUCAGUAUGUGCUCCGUCAAGCACUCGAACCACUUUGGCAUGUCCGCCGCUUACGUCCUGCGGGCAUGCGAAGCCGGAAUGCUCAGCCUCGUCUUCACCAACUCCUCGCCUGCUUUGCCCGUUUUCGGUGGCACGGAGAAGCUGAUGGGCGUCUCGCCAAUUGCAUGCGGUGCGCCGUCUAGCAGCGGCGGGACAGAUCCACAAAAUGGGUGCGCACCGCACUUUGUGCUUGACAUGGCACCAAGCAUUGCGGCGCGUGGUAAGAUAUAUAAGGCGAAACGGCGCGGAGAGAAGAUCCCGCUGGACUGGGCGCUCGACGCGCACGGCAACGCGACGGACGAUCCGGCCGCCGCACUUGAAGGCGUCAUGCUGCCAAUGGGCGGCCCCAAGGGCAGCGCGCUCGCGAUAAUGAUGGAUAUCUUCAGCGGUGUCCUGUCCGGCUCUGCCUUUGCAGGCGGAGUUACUAAUCCGUACCACCCGACCAAGCCGGCGGACGUGGGCCACUUCAUCAUGGCUAUCAAGCCGGAUCUCUUCGUCAGCGCAGACGAGUUCCGGCAGCGCAUGCAGACGCUUUACGAUCGCGUGACAGGCUCGACUAGAAGACCUGGCGUCGAUCGGAUCUUCUUCCCUGGUGAAAUUGAAAUCGUUACGGCACAGAAGCGCAGGAGGGAAGGGAUCCCAUGGGUACAAGCCGAGAUUGAGGGGCUCAAUGAGGAGGCGCGCAAGGUGGGCGUUAAGGAGCUGGUACCAAUACAAUAAUACAGAAAGCAAUGGAAAUGCAAACUCUGGAUACCCCAGAGCAUUGCUGUAGCCCCCUUUUCAGCUCAAUGGCUUGCCAUUGAACACGACCGUGCCCCUCGGUGCAUUUGGCGUCACCGGCGAAGCGCCCUUCUCAUUUUGCACUUUCUUCACCGCAUCCCUUACAGGCACUUCAGCUAACAGCUUCUUCCCAUCCACUUUGAUUUCGAUCGCUUUUCCUUUGUCUCUGGUCUUGAUCUGAUCGCCAUCAGCUCUAGAUGACGCUAGUAAUUCU